ACUGUGGCGUUAUCCACACUCGGGAACGGGGACUCUUUCUCCUUACUUGAAAUCAACUUUUACUCUUUCUCCACUAUAUAUAAUAGGCUUGCAACACUUUCCUUUUGACAUGAACAACAUAAAAAAUAUGGCAAAGUUUAGUCAAAGCAAUGCUACUCAUCAUGAUUUCCUUAUUGGAAAGGUUAUUUUUGUUGUUCUUUUAUUAUCACAUAUUUCAUUUCAAGUUGCAACAUGUGGCUCUACAGUAAAGUUUCUUCCUGGAUUCAAUGGUCCCCUUCCUUUUCUGCUCGAAACUGGGUAUGUGGGAGUGGGAGAAAAAGAGGAAGUGCAAGUGUUUUAUUAUUUCAUUGAAUCAGAAAAUAAUCCCAAAGAAGAUCCUCUCAUGCUUUGGCUAACGGGUGGACCUGGUUGUUCUGCUUUGUCUGGUCUUGUCUUUGAAAUAGGGCCAAUUGGAUUUAAAAGAGAGGAAUACAAUGGGAGCUUGCCAAAUCUGAUCUUGAGGGAACAUUCAUGGACAAAGGUGAGUAGCAUUAUAUUUGUAGAUUUGCCUGUUUCUACGGGCUUCACUUAUGCCACAACAGAUUCGGGUUCUCAACGACGUGACUCCAUACAAAUUGACCAAGCUCACCAAUUUUUUAGAAAGUGGUUGAUCGAUCAUCCAAAAUUUCAAUCAAAUGAAGUUUACAUCAGCGGCGACUCAUAUUCGGGUAUUACUCUUCCUGUAAUUGUUCAAGAAAUUAUACAAGCAAAUGAAAAAGGGAUCCCACCAUGGAUAAAUCUUCAGGGAUACGUGUUAGGGAAUCCUGUAACAAAUAAAAAGGAAAUAAACUAUAGAAUCCCUUUUGCUCAUGGAACUGGACUCAUAUCUGAUGAACUAUACGAGUCACUGCAAAAAAAUUGUAAUGGAGAUUAUACAAAUUCAGAGACCAAAAGAGUUUUAUGUUCCAAAGUACUCUGUUCUUUCGAAAAGGCUAUAUCAGAAAUUAGUAUAGCCCAUAUUUUAGAACCGCUAUGUACAUGGCUAAAUACUGAAAAUUCUCCAAGGAGAUCUCUAAUUAAUAAAUAUCACUCCAAAGUGUCGCCCUUAAAAUGCCGAAACCUUCCAUAUAAACUUUCCGCUUAUUGGGCCAACGAUGAUAAUGUUCGCAAAGCACUGCACAUACGUAAGGGAAGUAUUGGGAAAUGGCAACGUUGUUCCUUUGAUAUACCUUAUGAGGAAGAUAUCCCUAGUAGCUUUGAUUAUCAUGUAAAUCUAAGUAGAAAAGGAUAUCGUUCACUAAUUUACAGUGGUGAUCAUGACAUGAAGGUUCCAUUAUUGGAUACCAAAGCAUGGAUAAAAUCUUUAAAUUAUUCCAUUGUUGAUGAUUGGAGAUCUUGGUAUACAAAUGAACAAGUUUCAGGAUACACAAGAACUUACUCGAAUCAGAUGACAUUUGCAACUGUGAAGGGUGGAGGACACACUGCACCUGAGUUCCUUCCUGAAGAAUGUUUCGCCAUGUUUAGUAGGUGGAUAUCUAAGAGACCUUUGUAGGAUUAGCCAAAACAUAAACUCCUCUAGUUAAAUUUCUUAAAAUUCAAACUUGUUGAAAAGAGUGAGAGAAAUAGAAAUUUGAAUAUUUGAAUGAAAUCAUGUAUCUAAAUGGCACUACAGAGAUUGUAUUAUAUAGUAAGAUUUAUAGCUUAUUGUAUUAAUUACAUCAAGAAUAUGCUCAUGUAUAUUUUAUUCUAGAUUGUAUAAGGAAUAUUCUAUAGAAUAUUUUUUAUAUAAAUAUUAACAUAAUUGAUUCUUAAUUGA